UCUCUCUCUCUCUCUCGGAAGCCAUAGCAAGAGCACCACCAUCAUCAUGUCCACAACCACUGCUGUUGUGGGUGGGCUAGAUCAUGAGACCACCCCACCCUUUGAAAAACCCAGGUGCGUGCUGAAGAAAGUCCUUGCCGAACCCCGACAUGAGGGUGAGGGAGCCAUUGUUAGAAGAAGCAUUGGAAGGACGGACUUGAAGAAUUUGGAUCCUUUCAUCCUGUUGGAUGAGUUUUUUGUUUCUAAGCCUGCUGGAUUUCCUGAUCAUCCUCAUAGAGGUUUUGAGGCUGUCACAUACAUGCUGCAGGGAGCUUUCAGUCACCAAGACUUCACUGGGCACAAAGGCACCAUCAAGACUGGGGACUUGCAGUGGAUGACUGCUGGUAGAGGAAUCAUUCAUUCAGAGAUGCCUGCUGGUGAGGGAGUCAAUCAUGGAUUGCAACUUUGGAUCAACCUCUCCUCCCAAGAUAAAAUCAUCGAACCUCGAUACCAAGAGCUACAAAGCAAUGACAUAAGCAGAAUUGAGAAAGAUGGAGUCGAUGUCCGAAUUAUCGCAGGGGAAGCAUUUGGAGUCAGAUCACCGGUAUACACCCGAACACCGACAAUGUAUCUGGAUUUCACGCUGAAACCGGGAGCACAGGUCCACCAGCGCAUCCCUGAUUCUUGGAAUGCCUUCGUCUACAUCAUCGAUGGCGAAGGCGUCUUCGGGAACUCGAAUGCAUCCACUGUGACAAGCUAUAAUGCAUUGGUGCUGAGCCUCGGAGACGGUCUCAGUGUGUGGAACCGGUCGGCGAAGCCUUUGAGGUUUCUUCUUUUCGGUGGGCAGCCAUUGAAUGAACCUGUAGUGCAGCAUGGACCUUUUGUUAUGAACACACAGGAUGAGAUAGAGCAGACCAUUGAGGACUACCACCAGUGCAAAAAUGGAUUUGAGAAGGCUAAGCACUGGAAGUCUCAACCAUAGCUCCAUUAGAGUGGGACAAGAGAGCUCUAGUGGGUUUGGGCCCAAAGAGCAUAAAAUAGGUAGUGAGGAGGAAGUGUCAACACCCAACGAUAUGGAUAGGGGAUGGGAAAUGGAGAGUUUCUAGAAUCCUUGGGGAUGCAGGUGGUUGGGUGGGAUAGUGAAAGUAGGGUCAUCAUUGGUGAGGUGAUUUUUUUCUUGGUCUCCAAGGGAUUUUUGGCCUCAUCAUUUUGGAGGUGGAACCUUUUUUUACUGGUAUAAGAUAUUGUUACUGUUAUUAGUUGCUUUGGUAUGUCUUUUUUUUUCUUGUGUUUUGGUUGGUGGAGGUGGUCUUGGUGGUUCUUCUGAGAGUUGGGCUCUGGAUAACUUUUGCACCAAGAGCUGCCCCUCUAAUUGUGGUCAUGUAACAAUUGUGAGCAAUCCUUCUCUGCUUCUUAUAUGCUUAACCCUUGCAUGAUUAAGGCAAAUUAAGAGGAAAACAUAUAA